AUGCCUUACAACAUUGCCUAUAGUAUGGUCAGUGACUUCUUCUUUCCUCAAUCAGGUGGAAUCGAAAGUCACAUCUACCAAUUGUCCUCCAAACUCAUAGACCGAGGCCACAAAGUCAUUGUCAUUACACAUGCAUACAAAGGACGGACCGGGGUUCGCUACCUCACUAAUGGUCUCAAGAUCUAUCAUGUCCCAUUCUUCGUCAUUUAUCGCGAAACGACCUUCCCCACCGUCUUCUCUUUCUUCCCCAUAUUCCGCAAUAUUGUGAUCCGGGAGAACAUCGAUAUUGUACACGGCCAUGCAAGUUUGAGUAGCUUCUGUGGAGAAGCAAUCCUCCAUGCGCGCACCAUGGGCCUACGGACUGUGUUUACAGAUCAUUCGCUGUUUGGAUUUGCCGAUGCAGCGUCAAUCCUCACAAACAAGCUACUUAAGUUCACUCUCAGUGAUGUGGACCACGCAAUUUGCGUCAGCCAUACCUGCAAGGAAAACACCGUGCUUCGUGCUUCGCUCGAUCCGUUGAUGGUGUCCGUUAUCCCGAAUGCAGUAGUUGCGGAGAAUUUCUGUCCCUUGUCCCAUACCACUUCCCGCGCACCCGAUCAAUCACUGAGCUCACCUGUCGAUCCUCCAAUGUCUCCGAGGAUAAUUGGACCCGACGACCCGAUUACAAUUGUGGUCAUCUCCCGCCUUUUCUACAACAAGGGUACUGAUCUUUUGAUUGCAUCCAUCCCGCGGAUUCUCGCCUCGAAUCCUAAUACUCGAUUUAUCAUCGCCGGAUCAGGGCCAAAAGCAAUUGAUCUGGAGCAGAUGCUGGAACGCAAUGUGCUCCAAGACAAAGUCGAGCUACUGGGAUCAGUCCGGCACGAGGAGGUCCGUGAUGUAAUGGUGCGAGGUGACAUCUAUCUCCACCCCAGUUUGACAGAAGCAUUUGGAACUGUCAUUGUUGAGGCUGCUAGCUGUGGUCUCUACGUUGUGUGCACUCGCGUGGGUGGUAUCCCAGAAGUUUUGCCCCAGCAUAUGACCACAUUUGCCAAACCGGAAGAAGACGACAUCGUCCUCGCGACUAGCAAGGCCAUCGCAGCCCUGCGCUCAAAUAAAGUCCGCACAGACCGCUUCCACGACCAGGUGAAAAUGAUGUACUCAUGGCGUGAUGUCGCCGCACGCACAGAGCGUGUAUAUGAGGGCAUCAUCGGCGACAUCAGUCCCGAAGAGUUUUAUGGAUAUUAUCCUGGCCAAGGUUGGGAUGCCAGCGGCGAUCGUGUACGCAGCUUUGCACUCGUUGACAGACUCAAACGGUACUACGGAUGUGGUGUCUGGGCUGGCAAACUGUUUUGCCUUUGUGUUGUGAUCGACUUUUUGAUCUAUGUUUUCCUUGAGAUGUGGUUCCCACGUGCCAACAUUGACAUCGCUCGAAGUUGGCCGAGAAAGCCACCUGCCAGGAAAUCCAUUGACAACCAGUGA